UCACCACGCACCCAUCCUAUUUUCUCACCUCAUCUUUAUCUUCCUAUGUUUCUAAAACAACAUCUACAACUACUACUACCACCACUUUUUUUUUUUUUUGUCUCUCCCACUAUUACCACUUGUAUCUCCUAAGCUUACUAUUAUAGCUUUUUGCUUUGCUUACUACUACCCAAACUUCAACUUGAAGCACACUUUCCUAAUUUUUCUCUCUAUCUUCAAUACUUAAUCACCAAAUUCAUUCAGAACAAAUUUUCUUCUAUAUAUAUAUAUAUAUAUAUAACCUUUUGAUUUGUCUCUACAAUUAUGCCUUCGAGACUUUCGGAUGCUUUUAAAUCCCACCCUGUCCAUAUCCACCACAAACACCUUGAUUUCAACUCAGUACAAGAGUUGCCGGACUCGUAUGCAUGGAGUCAGGUAGAUGAUCAUUACCCUAAUUGUCACGAUGUGGACUCGUUUGGGGCCUCAGAGUCCGUGCCAAUUAUUGAUCUCGCAGACCCAAAUGCCCUUAAACUCAUUGGCCAUGCAUGCAAGACUUGGGGUGUCUUCCAAGUCACCAAACACGGCAUCUCCAAGAAUCUUCUAGACGACAUUGAGAGUUUGGGCCGGACUCUUUUCUCUCUUCCGGUGCAGGACAAGCUCAAAGCUGCUCGCUCCCCUGAGGGUGUUUCCGGGUAUGGGUUUGCCCGGAUUUCUUCUUUUUUCCCAAAGCUCAUGUGGUCCGAAGGCUUCACGAUUGUCGGAUCCCCACAUGACCAUUUUCGCCAACUUUGGCCCCAUGAUCACAGCGAAUUCUGGUACUGCCUCACACAGACCAUGCACGUUGGUAUCAUUGAAGAGUACAAGAAGGAGAUGAACAGGCUUGCAGGGAAACUGAUGUGGCUAAUGCUUGGUUCAUUGGGUAUAUCCAAGUCAGACAUCAAAUGGGCAGGCCCAAAAGGCGAAUUCAAAGGAGCAACAGCCGCUUUGCAGUUGAACUCGUACCCAGCUUGUCCGGAUCCGGAUCGGGCCAUGGGUUUAGCCGCCCAUACGGAUUCAACACUCCUCACAAUUCUCCACCAAAACACCACAAGUGGUCUGCAAGUACAAAGAGAAGGCACUGCGGGUUGGGUCACGGUCCCACCAAUCCAUGGUGCUCUUGUUAUCAACGUUGGUGAUCUUCUCCACAUCUUGUCCAAUGGGAUGUAUCCAAGUGUCCUCCACCGGGCCGUCGUCAACCGGAGUUGUCACCGGCUAUCCAUUGCCUACCUUUAUGGCCCACCGGAAAGUGUCCAAAUAUCACCACUUUCACGACUAGUGAGCCGGAGUCACCCACCGCUAUACCGGUCGGUGACUUGGAAUGAGUACCUUGGGACUAAAGCAAAGCAUUUCAACAAGGCACUUUCAUCGGUCAGACUAUUUUCACCUGUUACUCUAAAUGGGUUUGCCGAUGUAAAUGAUCAUCACAAUCGAGUAAAAGUUGGUUAAAUUAAUUAGACUCAUUAUAAUUUUUAUUUA